AGCAUUGAACACUUCAUGUCCCACAAUGCGUUGCUUUACCAGCUACUUCCUAAAUACAGAUGGCGACUGUGUUUACACCUAAAGCGACAAAUAUAUAUUUUGUCGAGUUCCUUAUGCGAUUUGUGAAUAACUAAAAGUUGUUCGCUAGCAAAUCGAAUGUUAUCCUCGACGUCAGCAGCAGUACUAGUUGUUUGUAGCUAGCUAGCUUGACCAAGAUAAACUAGCAUUAGCAUGCUAGCUAGGUAUUUGCGCUUUGAUUUGCGCAUUAUAUUUCCUUUAAAUGUCUAAUGGCUGGGUCAGUCAUCAAGCUAGUGUCGAUUACUAACGAGUGAGUAAGUAGGUACUUGCGCGUUUGAAACCACAAACAUCGUAUUAUGACAGUCGCUUCAGUAGCUAACUUGACUUGCUAAAGUGACUUUCCACAUAGCCAAAUCUUUCCACGAUGUAAUUUCUCUCUAACCUUGCGCCUCAGGUAGUGUUUGUUUUACUAUCCGAAGAUGUACACCUUAUUAUCUGGUCUAUACAAAUACGUGUUCCAAAAAGACGAAUAUUGCAUCUUGAUCCUGGGACUGGACAAUGCAGGAAAAACGACCUUCUUGGAGCAAACCAAGACAAAGUUCAGUAAGAACUAUAAGGGAAUGAAUUUGACCAAAAUCACCACCACUGUUGGACUCAACAUUGGCACAAUUGACGUCGGCAAGGCUCGUCUAAUGUUCUGGGACCUUGGUGGCCAAGAAGAGCUCCAGUCUCUUUGGGACAAAUACUACGCAGAGUCCCACGGGGUGAUUUACGUCAUCGACUCCACUGAUGAGGAGCGGCUGUCGGAAUCGAAAGAGGCCUUUGAGAAAAUGAUCAGCAGCGAUGUUCUGGAGGGCGUUCCUCUCUUGGUGCUCGCCAACAAGCAAGACGUGGAGGACUGUAUGUCCGUGCCAGACAUCAAAACCGCUUUUAGCGACUGUGCUCCAAAGAUUGGGAAACGAGAUUGUCUGGUUCAGCCUUGCACAGCCCUAACUGGGCAGGGGGUGAACGAAGGUAUUGAGUGGAUGGUGAAGUGCGUAAUCAGAAACAUUCACAGGCCUCCGAGACAGAAGGACAUCACAUAGAACUAGCCGUGUCCUCCCCCUUCCGAAGCUCCCACCACAGGGCUGUGUUCAUUAGGCACCAAAUGGUCUAAACAGGACUGAAACAACAAGGGUCUGCCAGUACAAUUUCAACAGUCUUCAAGUGAAACGUUCUGCUCUAAUGAACACAGUCCAAGCACCCGUUUUGCUACAGUUUGACAGUAGAUGGAGAAGGUGGACUCUAUCCAAGCAGCUGAUUUUGCUAAUGACUUUUCUCCCGCUCUCUUUGCUUGCUUUAGUGCUGUGAAUGCAAGUCUUCUCGUAUAUGUCUUGGUAUCAGGGAUUAACAGUUGAGGAUACAGUCGAUUUAAUGUGUGUUGUUUGGAAAUGCACUCUGACGGAGGUGAAACGCUUUUUGAGGCAGUAUUUUGGCCACAGCUAAAGUGUGAAUUGCCUGUGUCUUAUGAAACUAUGACAUUGUCAUCGAAUGGAUAAAAUCUCUCUCAAGCUAUCCCUUCAGUACUGUAACUUCUUGGUCCUAAUUCCUGAAGCCCCCCAGAGUAGAAGAGAAUUACUGACUUUAUAUGGACAGAGAUCCUAGUUUUGCUCCUGUUCUCUGAAUAUGGAUUUUAUUUUACUCAACCCAAUGAUACUAAUUAGUCUGUUUUAAGGGGGGGGACGACGACACAAUUCUCUCAAGGAAAUAUCAAUGCCAUUUGUAUUUUUGGGGGUUAUCAGUUUGAGGAUGGACCUUGACACAGCUGUGUGGUGUGAUUUCAUAUUAUGCAAAAACACUAAAUGUAAAAUAAUUUUGACAGUGGGUCAAUGAUCGAUCAAUCACUGCCCAUUCAUAUGACCUGUCAUAGUUAGCAAUGACGUGUGGGUUUGUCUAUGAUUGAGUACCAAUGACUCCUAAUCGUUAUUGAGUGCCUAUAUUUUUGUGCACUCUGUGGGUAUUAGGGUGCAAUUUGGGACACAGAUCCUUUUUACUCUUUAACCUGGUAGCAUAAGUAAUGUAACCGAUCAGGCUGAAAACAUUUUAAACACAUGGAAAAGAUUAUGUAAUAAACAGGAUUAUUCAGUUUA